AGGUCUGCAAGGUUCUACUUUCUGUCAAGCAAAACUUUUCCUAGUCUCACUUCUUACAGGAAAUUUGAUUGGCUCCUCCAGUUGUUAAUGAGACCAUUCCAUUCACCUGAAAUACCUAUUUAAGUCCUCAUUUUGGGCUUUGGCCUAAGCCAGUCUGAGUGGCUUCUCUUCGCUCACUGGAAAGAGUCUGGAAGCUGAUCUAAUUCAGAGAGAUGUCUGAGACAAGUGGCAACGCAUCGGCAGAAAUUGUUUUGGCUAAAGAAACCCUGGCAUUAGUUGCCAGAACAGGAGGGUUCAUCUAUUUCCUGAAAACAAUUGAAGAUGAGAUGAUAAGAAAAGCAGUGGCCCAAUUUGAACUAAUACUAUUGAUACUGAAGGCCAUCACGAAGUGUCGAACAAAGGUAUCUCAAAUCAAGGAGGUGACUGAAAAACUGAAAAAUCUAACAAAAAUAUUUUAUUUCAAGAAGUGUGCCCUGAGCAAGGACAUUGAGGACUUCCGAGCCCAGAUCAAAAUGAAGAUAGAAUUAGUCAGAAGAAGCAAGAACCUGGCUAAAGAAGUAGGGAAGUCAGUGAAGAAAGCUACAAUGGAAAAGGCUUUGAGUAGUUCGUGGGUAGUGCCUCGGAGAGUAAAGGAAGAUGGGCAAGAUGACCGUGAUUUUGAGCAUUAUUCCCUGACACGGGCUGAAGGCUGGUGGAACCUAUUAGAGAAAUGUGUGGAUUUGGCAGAGGCUCGAAUAUCAUCUGUGGAAAAAUCACUGAAAAUAAUGGCAAAUAAAGAGCAGUUGGAAAAGAUGAUGAAGAAAUUCUUCCUUCAGGCUGCCAUUGCAGCUCAACUCGGUAAGAUAUUCCAGAAAAGGCAUAUUGUGGUGAAAAACAUGGAGAUAGGGAAAAUGAUGAAAAUUCACCAAAGACGCCAGAAAGAAAACAUCUACCCUAAAAUCCUGAUAGAAUGUAGGUUCAUGAUGUUCCUGGCCAACGAAUUGAAUCGGAUCUCAGAAGUGUUCCUUUCAGAGAUCUCUCCCAACUCAGAAAUGGAAAAAUGAUUUCUUUGCAACCUGCCAUAGUCAUGAACAUGGAAUUUUGUCUAUCUCAAAGGACUAGCCCUACAGGGAUAUAGUUUGGUUCCUUAAAAUUUCCCCAACUUCUUCCUUGGCUUUUUCUAGCUACCCAAAGACAUCUGAAAUAUUUGAUUUAGAUGCAAACAAGUGCUCAACUCUAACAUCUGCCUUAUGAUGUUACCUUCCAAUUUUUGUCUUAGGCUUUUUCACUGGGAAACUGAGCAGCAAAACUUGGCUCAAGAAUCCUCAAGUUAGACAAAUCUUUAGGCUCUUUCAGUUUAAAAAUGAGAUUUUUCAUGAUGAUCUAAAAAUACUGAAAAGCAGUUAGAGAUGUGUUUUUUUCCCCCAAGGAGGAAGAGGGAAGGAGGUAAUUUUUUUUUCCUUCUAAAAUAAAAAAAACAUUAAGCAGCUG